CCUCAACCAUAACGGGAAUGGCUCCCGGUAGCCAGCCGGCCGCGGCUGGCCCGUCUAACUCACGGACAUUUAGGACUAGUCUCGCACCUAUGACCGCCGGCCAUCGCGCCAAUGUUGGGGUUCUGACCCUGAAUGCGAUGGUCAAAGGUGUGCUUGCGACCCAUUUCCAGAGCUACCCCAAAACGGCAUUUCGCUUCUUCUCGGGCGUUAUGCAAAGGCUGGCGCCUCUGCGCGCGAAGGCACAACUGGCGGAGCUCACUCCGGGCAUCAGGGCGAAGCCGGCAUCGAAGGUUCGCGAUGCCACGACUCGGCUCGAGUACGCGGUCCUGAUCCCUAAAUCGGCGAUUCCUGAUCUAGUCACGCUGCUGGACGAGGACAGCAGCUUCACGGUCCCGGCGGGUGCCUCCUACGGCCGGGACAUCGGGCACCCGCACCCGGUGCAGCGCGCCGGCAGCUUGCGCCUGACAGCCGUCGGACUGUGCAAGGCUGGACUGUUCGCAGUGACGCUGCCGCACGGUGCCGCCUUCGAGCUGGGCCGGUACCAGGCUAACCUGGAAGCUGGUGGAGAAACGUACACCCUUGAUGUGCGCCGCAUGUCCCGUCGGCAGGGUGGCCAGCAGCCGGGCGGCCCAUGCGCCGCUGCCGGUGGUGCCGCGGCCCCUGGCGGCGCGGCGCCGGGCGCCACCGGCGCCGCCGCUGCCGGCGGCGCGGCGUGGGGCCGCGGGGAUGCCACCGGCGCCGCUGCUACCAGCGGCGAGGCACAGGGCCGCGGUGGCAUGACUGGCGGCUCUGCUGCCGCUGGCGCGGCGCAGGGUCACAGGGGCGCCGCCGGUGCUGCUGCUGCCGGUGAAUCGGCGCAGGGCCGCGGGGGCACUGUCGGCGGCGCUGCAGCUGGCGGCUCGGCGGGGGACCGCGGGGGCACUCCUCUCGGCCGUGCCGCCGCCGGCGGCGCGGCGCAGGGCCGCAGGGGCGCCGCCGGUGCUCCUGCUGCCGGCCGCGCGACGCCAGCCCCCGUGGACGCUGCUGGCACCUCCGCUGCCGGUGGCACGGCGCGGGGCCGCAUGGGUGCUGCGGGUGCCCACGCUGCCCGCGGCGCGCAGCAGGGCCGCAAGAGUGCUGCUGGCGCGUCCGCUGUCGAUGGAGCGGCGCAGGGCCGCGCAGGCGCCGCCGGCGCCCCCGCCGCCGGCAGCGCGCGGCAGGGCCGCAAGGGCCCUCUGCGCCCCACCAUCGGCGUCCGGCUGCGACGCAGUGCGGGUGCUGCCGGUGCCUCCGGCACUGGCGGAGCGACGCGGCGCCGUGGCCAGCAACGACGCCCGGCCGCCGCGGCCCCGGCUGCGGCUACGGCCGCGCGUGCGGAUGGCCCCAGCGCCGUCCAGGGCAGCGGUGCUGCGCCGUCCGGCACCCCUCGUGGCGGCGGCGGCCGCGGCGCUAGCUCCCGCCGCCAGCACAGCGGCAGUCGCAGCCACAGCCGCACUCGCCGCGACCGCAGCAACAGCCGGGGCCGCAGCAUCACCAGCCGCGGCGCCAGCCGCAGCCGCGGCCGCAGCCGCAGCCGCAGCCCGGGCCGCAGCCACACGCACACCCGCAGCCACGCCCGCAGCCGCCGCAGCAGCAGCGCCUCGCGUGGCACGAAUGGCGGGGCUUCUGGCAAGUUGGGCGGCAGCCACAGGGGCGCCUCUGCGGAUAACUCUGGGGAGCAAGAGGCACCCAUAUGGUUGAUGAGCGUUUGCGGUGAGCCGGGCCUGGGGUUCCUCCCCUCUCCGGAGCUAAACAUAACGGUGGUAGAGGCUGGAGGCCCCGAUGCUGCUCAGGCUGCUGCUGCGGCCGUCGCCGCGCGCUCCGCGGCUGCCGCAGCGGCGCAGCGCGCGGUCGCUCGGCACGCUCGUGCCGCCCGCCUCCAGUGGCUGCGCACCCGCGAGACGGCUUCGCCUGCGAUCACGCGGCUUGUGCGGCCCCCUGGCGGCGCCGCCCGCAUUGCGGCAAUCCGGCGCCCGGACGGCAGUGUGUGUGACUCCCUUCCCGAAAUCCCCACACAUAUUGUCGACUACUGGCGGCGCAUCAGUGCUGCGGUGGCUACGGACCCGGACGCCUGUGACCGCGUACUUGCGGCCCUUGCAGCAUUUGGGCGGCGCUGCACUGACGAGGACGCUGUGCGGCUUGGCGCCGACACAGUGAGUUCAGCUGAGGUGGAGGCUGCCCUGGCGGCGGCGCCGGCUGGCAGCACCCCGGGCCGUGACGGCAUCCCGGCUGAGUUGUACCGGGAACUGGGGGGCCCCACGGCACGCGUGCUUGCGCGUGUGUUCACGGCCUCCCUCGCUGCUGGUGCUCCUCCACGCGGCUUCCUCGAUGGCGUCAUUACCUGCUUCAGCAAGCCCGGGGACCCCCUGCAGCCUUCGUCGUAUCGGCCCAUUACGCUGCUCGGCACGGACUACCGCACGCUGGCCCGCGUCCUCGCCAGGCGGCUCAUCCCCGUCUUCAGCAACGUCAUCCACCCCGCCCAGACAGCCUUCCUGCCCGGGCGCCGCAUCGCCGACAACGUCCUACUGCUGCAGCUUCUGCCGGAGCUCAUGCGGGUGGCCGAAGGCGGUGGCCCUGGCGGCGGUGGCGGUGGCGGGGGCGGGAGCGCUGCGGGCAGCACCGCUGACGCUGACCGCGGCGUUGUGGCCUUCCUGGACUUCUACAAAGCCUACGACACCCUGGACCGCAACUUCCUGUACCGGUGCUUGGCAGUCAUGGGCGUUGGCAGUGGCUUCCUGGCCUGGGUCAAGCUGCUGCUUACGGGCACGCGCUCUGCCGCCCUGGCUAACGGCUACCUGUCGGCCUUCGUCCUCAUCAUUGCGGGCGUACGGCAGGGGUGCCCGCUGGCGCCUCCUUUGUACUUGGCGCCGGCCCAGGCCCUCUUCGCCUACCUCGACCGCGCGGGCUUUGGUGUCUCCUGGGCGGAUAUCCGCCUCGUCGCUACUGCCUUUGCGGACGACGCUGCGCCGUUCUUGCGUCGGAUGGCCAACGUGCCUGGUUUCCUGGCAGCUAUGGAGACCUUCCGCGCCGCCUCUGGGCAGCGCCUUAACCUCGACAAAGUGGAGCUUCUGCCCAUCGGUGCACGGCGCCGCGCCACUCCUGCUCCCGCCCGCGCUGUCGCUGCUGGCUUGGCGGCUGGCGGCGCAGCGGCUGGCAACAUGGCAGCUCACGGCGUGGCGGCGACCAGUGUGGCAGCUGCCGGCGGCAUGGCUGCCGGCGGCGCGGCGGCUGGUGGCGCGGUGGCUGGCGGCGGCCCCGGCACCAGCCACUCUGGUGGGGGCAUCUUGGCGGCCGGUGGUGCGGUGCCUUCUCGGGCGGGCGCGGUUUGGGCAGCUGCCGGUGUUGUGGUCACUGGUGGCGUGACGGCCGGCGGCUCUGCCGCGGGUGCUGGCGGUGCCGUAGCCGCGCCUGCCCCGCCCAACACAGUUGCUAUGGCGCAUGGCUUGCGCGUAGUCUCGCACUCGCGCACGCUGGGUGUGGUCUUCUACGACCUCCCACUUGGCACGGCUACAGCCCAGGGGGCUCCUUCCCUCUCCCCUGCCAUUGGCACCCUGGGGACGCUCUGCGGCCUCCCCCUAACUGCCUUUGGCCGUGGCUUCUGUGCCUCCUCCUACGCCGUCAGCCGUGUGCUCUACCAUAUGGAGUUUGCGGGUCUGCCGCCGCAGACGGUUUUGGCAGACUUCCUCAAAACGCUUGUGCGGUUUGUGGACCGCCGCAUCAUCGUUGCCACGCCGCAAGGUGCUGGCCGGGCCCGACCUCCCGGCCUCCCCUCCGACUGCGUCGCCCUGCCGCCACGCGAUGGCGGCUUUGGACUGCUGCCGGUGGUGGAACACGUGCGCGCCCGACACGCUGUGUUGGCUGUGCGCUGGCUGCAGCACAUGCACGGCUCUGCGGCUGGCACCUACGUACCGCCGUGGACAGCCGCCGCCACCGCCCUGGUGCAGCAGCUACACACGGCCGCCCACCCCCUCUGCGUCCUGACGAUGCAGCGGGCGGCCGGCGGUGUCGGACCCGCUGCCGAUGGCUGUGCAAUCUUCGGCCAGCCGGUGGCGGCAACCUGCCCGGCCCUCGUGCGCCUCCUGGGUGCCCUCAGCUACCUGCCUCCGGUCACAAUCCUGCGCCCGGCUGUGCUGGUGCCAGGGCCCUGGUGCUUUGCACUUCCGCUCUGGGGCAAUCCAGUCUUGCCGUGUGCGGCGGGGCUUCAGGCGGGUGGCUUGGAACGUGACUUCCCAGCUCUCAUGGCGCUGCCGGGUCUGCUCACGCUCGGCACGGCAGUGCGGUGCUGGGAGGCGCUGGCCGCGGUGCGCCAGCUGGUGGCUUCCAAGCCGGCUGGUGCGCUCGGGCCGCGCCUCGCACGUCGCUGCACUAUACAGUACAAGCGGUCCGUCCUGCGCCCCAUCCUGCGCAUUACGGAUAUGGCGCGCGUGCCGCCGGAGCUGCAGUCCGGCCCGGAUGCUGCUGCCCAAUUCUCCGCGCUGCUGGCCCGUGUACCGGCGGCGUGGAGGGUGGCGGCGUCGGCCACACUGCAUGCGCCUGGCGGCGCAGCCUCCGCGCCUCCUGCCCCCCAGGUAUGGCUGCUGCUUGCGCAGAGCCUGGGGUGGCGGCAUGGCGCGGCUGACGUGCCCUUGCUGACCCUUACGGUGAAGCAGGCAACCCAGCUUCAACUUGCGCCUGCGUACGACGCGCUCCGCGUGCGUCACUUGGCCUUCAUCCAGGAGGCCUACAGCGGCGCCGCGCCGCCAGCGGAAGCGAUUCAUGCGCUGCGGGCGGCCCUGGCGCGGCUGUGGGCGUUGGUGUGGGAGCCGCGACACAAGGAACCAUGGACGCGUGGAGAAAUGCCCGUGUGGGACUCCGAUGACUGCUGGGGCUAGGGUUCAUCACUUCUGGGACUGUGUGGUGGCGGAGGCUCUGCGUGAUGUGAUGCGGGAGCAUGCGAAUAUGGACAUCACACGGAACCAGUUGUGGUUAGUACAGGCGCCACCAGGGCUAUCGCAGGCGGUGUGGGACAUCGUGUGCUUGGCUGCUGUGGCGGCCCUGGACUACGGCCGACAGCGCCUUUACGCUUGCCGUGAUACUGCAGACCGGACUGCGGAGGUUGCUGUUGUGCGAAGGAUCGGUGUGGAGGUGAUUGCGGACUUCUGGUCACGGCUAGCUGCGUUUGUGAGUCUGCGUCGGCCUCCGCGCCGCUGGGACCUUGUCCCGAACCAGCACCCAUUCCUAGCGUCAGAUGAUGUUGGAGGGGUUAUCUUGGUAGGGCCAACAGCGGACUCGCCACCGGCCUCACCCUAGCUUGUCAGCUUAGGGACUCGCAAGAGGUAGUCUUAUGA